CAACUGUAGUCGGUCGGUAUGAGUCAACAAAGACAACUUCCGGGCUAUGUCUACUUGACUCCGGAAGCGGCCGAACGACAAGCCGAACGCACACGACAAGGGCUAUACAAUCUCCUUCCCGACGAGAUUCUGUGGCAGACACGCCAAAAGUACCUAGAGGACCAUGGAUACCUCCUACGUCCGCGCUAUCGCUUGGGAUGGAAACCAUCAUGGUCAGGAACAGAUAUUGCGCCGGAUUUCUGCGAGGAUUCUAUCGUUUCAAGCCGACCACAAGUUAUCGAUGCCACCACACUUGGCGAUAACGUGCUAGUCGCGAUCAAGACCGUGCCAAACCACACGGAGGAACUGGCGAUCACGCAGUUCCUCUCUUCGUUCAAAGGGCGAGAUGAAAACCACUGCGUAGCAGUCCUAGAGAUUCUCAGCGACCCUCUGGAAAUACAAGGCUCUCUCAUGGUAUUACUAUACCUCAGGCCGUACAAUGACCCAGAGUUCACGACCGUCGGUGACGUUAUGGACUUCAUACACCAAACGCUGGAGGGUCUCGUUUUCAUGCACCAUCACCGCUUGACCCCACUCUCACGCGCCGAACACCCUGUGCGGUACUACUACGUCGACUUCGGCCUUUCGGUGCGUUUCCCGGCGGGGUCGCCUUCACUGGUAGUGGGCGAUGUUGGUCGAGACGCAGAGGUCCCGGAACUCUCAUCGACGGUGCCUUACGACGCAUUUAAGGCCGAUAUAUACGCACUAGGAAAUCUGUAUGACAAGGAGUUUGAACAGCGAUAUCGAAGUCUAGAGACUCUGCGACCCCUUAUCGACUCCAUGAAGCAGCGUCAGCCCGAGCUGAGGCGUCCACCCAAAGAACUACUCUCUUUGUUCAAGCAGAUCCGCGGCGCCCUGAGCAAAAACGCCCCGGGCUGGCGCCUGGCAUCGAAAUCAGAGUCGGCCCACGAGAGGCUUCUGAACGACACCGUUGCCGUUGCAUUAGGGGGGAUAAGCAACCUGAGGCGGUAUGUGGGAUAG